UUAGAACCUCUCACUUCACUGAAAGGACUUAAAAAAAACAUCUCUUGCUACAGCACCAUCGACCUCCGGGUGCAACUGCUGCAAGCAUGAUUAAGAAAAUGGCACCAUCUGAGAAUGAGUUCAACAUACCGGCCAAGAAUUGCCAAAGGAUGGUGAUUCUGGGCUCCACUAAAGUUGGAAAGACAGCCAUCAUCUCUCGGUUUCUGAACGAGAAAGUUGACGACCAGUACACACCCACCAUUGAGGACUUUCAUAGGAAACUCUACGGCAUCAGGGGAGACGUUUACCAACUGGACAUUUUGGACACGUCUGGGAAUCAUCCGUUUCCUGCAAUGAGGAGGCUUUCAAUUCUAACUGGUGAUGUGUUCAUCUUGGUAUUCAGCCUGGACAGCAGGGAGUCCUUCCAAGAGGUGCAGCGCCUGAAGCGCCAGAUUCAGGAGUCCAAGUCCUGCCUGCGAAACAAAACCAAGGAGAACGUGGACGUCCCGCUGGUGAUCUGUGGCAACAAGUGUGACAGAGACUUUUACCGUGAGGUGCAGGAGGACGAGGUCGAGCAGCUGGUUGGUGGAGACGAGCACUGCGCUUACUUUGAAAUCUCAGCGAAGAAGAACACCAACGUGGACCAAAUGUUUCAGACUCUCUUUACCUUGGCCAAGCUGCCGAACGAGAUGUGCCCCGGUCGGCACUGCAAGGUUUCCCUGCAGUACUGCGAGGUUCUUCGCCGAAAGUCCUUCAAAAGCAAGAAGCGCAAAGAUGGGAACGCAUAUGGUAUCGUGGCGCCGUUUGCACGGAGACCCAGCGUGCAGAGUGACUUGAUGUACAUAAAGGAGAAAGCGAUAGGAGGCAACCAGGCCAAAGAGAAAGGCUGCAUCAUAUGCUGACACUUUUCUUUGCCUGUGUGCGGCUGACGUCCUGAGACUAAACUGAAGCCAUUGUGCAUACAGCCCAAAACACUGUAGCCUGCAGCGCCUGAGAGACGCAUUGUGAUGCAAACUGUGAUGAGACACUUACAUGGGGCCCAGCUCAUAGGCCUGUCCCCGUGAAGUGAUGCAGUAGAUGCUCUGAAAAUACUGUACAAAUCUGCCUCUAUAUUAGAUUGCAGAGAACGGCACUGCAGAAAAAAAAGUUUACAUUUUGCUUUUUUUUUUUUCCUCUCCAAACUUGUUGGACCUUGAAUGUUUGUUGCAUUACGAACAAAUUUGAAUCUAAAUGUUUACUUAUGUCUACGUCAACUUUUGGAUAAAAGAGAAAAUAAAAC